AUGGCCCUGGUGACUCUGCGGCGCUCCCCCAGCCCGGGUGCAGCAUCUUCGGACAGCAGCGUGGGGGAGGAUUUUAAAAGCGACAAUGAUGGCACAAACAACCACUGCCUCAACCAGAGUUUCUUCAUGGUCAAGGGGGCCGCCCUGUUCCUUCAGCGGGGCGGCAGCACCACCUCCGCCGAGGGCCCCGACGCCACCGCCUGCCGUUCGCAAGCAGGUGACCUCCCCCAACACCUGCAGCUCAUCUUUAAGACACUGCGUUCACAGGAUCACAUUAAAAUGGUCGUCCAACUGGAGAGCGGCUGGUCAGAGAGCAUUCGCUACAUGACGCUGGUGUCCACCAGAGGCCACCAAGACAUGGAGGAGAAUGCCAUCCUCGGGAUGGACUUCGCCGACAAACACAGCUGCUCCGUCGGGAUGGUGCUGCCGCUGCUGAGCGAUACCGACAUACACUUGGACGGAGACGGAAGUUUCAGCGUCAAGACAGGGGGGCGCUCGCAAGUCUUCAAGCCUGUGUCAGUUCAAGCCAUGUGGUGCGCCCUUCAGGCGGUGCACAAGGCGUGCGAGGUGUCCCGCCGCUACAGCUACUUCCCCGGCGGCCCGUCCCACGCGUGGACUGCGUUCUACGAGAGCAACGUGUCGUCCAAGUGCGACGAUUGGAACGCGGCGACGAACCCGGAGACCGACCAUCCCGACUCUCCCGUCGCAUUCCAAGACCAGCCGAGUGAAAGAGAGCCAAUGGAGAGUGUGAUUAAAGCCAAGCUUCGUGACAUCAUCGUGUUCAGAGACUUGGAGAACAUCACUUCCAAGGAGAUUCGUCACGAGCUGGAGCGAGACACGAGCAGCAACCUGAAAGAAUUUAAGGAGCUGAUCGACAAAGAGACGCUGGUCAUCUUGGGCCAAAUGGACAAGGCCACGCCCAUCUUUGACCACAUCUACCUGGGCUCGGAAUGGAACGCUUCCAACCUGGAGGAACUUCGAGAUUGUGGCGUGGGCUACGUACUGAAUAUGAGUGGAGAGAUUGACAACUUCUUCCCGGACACCUUUUCCUAUUACAACGUACGUGUGGACGACGAGGACGCUGGCCAUCUGCUGGACCACUGGAAUGAUACCUACAAUUUUAUCGUCAAAGCCAGGAAGAACGGCUCCAAGUGCCUGGUGCACUGCAAGAUGGGCGCGAGCAGAUCGGCCUCCACGGUGAUGGCGUAUGCUAUGAAGGAGUACGGAUGGUCUCUGGAGAAAGCCUACAACUUUGUCAAGCACAGGCGCAACAUCCCUCAACUUAACGCCGGAUUCAUGAGGCAGCUGGCCGAAUAUCGAGACAUCCUGGACGCCAGUAAACAUCACGACAACACACUAUGGCGACCUAGCACGGAUGAGGAGGUCUCGGACGAUUUGCCAGCCUCGAGUCGGUGCGACAAAGAGGAGGCCUGGGGGGUCUGCGGGGCGUCACCUUGCAGGGGUCUGGAGAUGGAGCCCCUGGACUCCCUGAACUACAACUAUUACUUCCGACGUUUGUCCGACUCGGCGCUAGACAGCGAGCCAUCCACGCCGGUCCGAGGACCCCCGCUUCUGGGCAUGGAGAGGGUCUUUAUCGAGAUCGAGGACGUGGAGCGAGACGCCCUGCUGGAAGACGAGGGCUUCCCCGUGGCUCACCUGGCCUUACCGGGCGGAGGCGGGGGAACGGGGGCGCAGACGUGUGGACGUCUGGACCCCUUGGAAGAUAUGAGGCUAAGGUUGGAGUUCAGCACACUGGAGGAGGAAGAUGAGGAGGAGGCCAAGAAGGAGGAGGCGGAGAUGGCCGCCUUGGAGGGGAAGAAGCACGCAGAGGAGAGUCGUCUAGGUCUAGCCAACUUGAACACCAACAACAGCAACCGGCUAGCCGCCAAACGAAGUUGCCCAGCAGCAUUUGACGACAGCGCUAGCACGGGCAACCCGUUAAAAGUCAAACCGUCCUACCAGUCUUGCAAAGACUGCUGCCUCCGUCUACCGCAAGGUCGACGCUGCGACCGGCCGGCGGGGACGCGCUCCCACCGCCUCAACCCCUCUCGACACUGCAACCUUCCGUCCAUCUGCAUCGACCCCCCUGACAACUUCAUGAUUUCGCAGUCCAUACCAGAUCCUUCCCUUCCGGUCUCUGUCCAAUACUGCUAUACCGUCCCGCUAUCACGCCAGAAACUGUCAUCCCCCACUUAUGCCCGCAACACGCCAGAAACUGAAUACAUGGACGAACCCGAGGUGGAAGAACCGAGCGCAUCUCAGGCUGACUUGGAUAUUGCACAAAUUGAGUGA